CCGCCAUAGUGCUAGCAGGCGCCGGGCCGCGGUGCGUGGGGCCGGGAGGAGGCCGAGGGGGUAGCGGCGGCGGCGGCGGCGGCGGCGACUUCAGCGAAGGGGCAGAGUGAGUCAUGACGUCAUGUUCUGAGCUUGUAGAUUCCAAGGCUGAGCUCACUGCUUUGCUAGAGCAAUGGGAGAAAGAUCAUGGCAGUGGACAAGACAUGGUUCCUAUUCUUACCCGAAUGUCAGAGUUGAUUGAAAAGGAGACAGAAGAGUAUCGCAAACGAGAUCCAGAUCCAUUUGAUGAUAGGCAUCCCGGUCGAGCAGACCCAAAAUGUAUGCUUGGACACUUGCUGAGGAUUCUUUUCAAGAAUGAUGAUUUCAUGAAUGCAUUGGUAAAUGCUUACGUCAUGACAAGCAGAGAACCUCCACUGAACACAGCUGCCUGCCGACUCCUAUUGGACAUUAUGCCUGGGCUGGAAACUGCUGUUGUCUUUCAGGAGAAGGAAGGCAUUGUUGAGAAUCUCUUCAAGUGGGCACGAGAAGCUGAUCAGCCUUUAAGGACAUUCGCAACUGGAUUGCUUGGAGGUGCCAUGGAGAAUCAAGAUAUUGCUGCCAACUAUAGAGAUGAGAAUUCCCAACUGGUGGCAUUUGUCCUUCAACGUUUGCGAGAGCUGCAAGUCAUUGAAACAAACACAAAACAUGAAAAUAAGCGUCCUAGUCCUCGAAAAGUGCCAUCCGACCCCUUGCUGCCUCUAGAUGAAGAAGCUGUGGACAUGGAUUAUGGGGAGAUGGCUGUGGAUGGUGAGCAGGAGGAAGUGACGGGGGACAUGGAGAUUUCAUUUAACCUUGACUCAAAUCACAAGACAAGUAGUCGGGUAAAUUCUGCCGCAAAAAAAUCAGGGAAGCAACACGAAAAAGAGAAUUUCCGAAAAGCAAAACAAAAACUUGGCUUCUCUUCUGAACCAGAAAGGAUGUUUGUUGAACUGUCUAAUAGCAGCUGGUCUGAGAUGUCUCCUUGGGUGAUUGGCACAAAUUAUAACCUGUAUCCCUUGACCCCGGCCAUAGAGCAAAGACUGAUUCUGCAGUAUCUGACUCCUCUUGGGGAGUAUCAAGAGUUGCUGCCUAUCUUCAUGCAACUUGGAUCAAGAGAUUUGAUGAUGUUCUAUAUUGACUUGAAACGGACCAAUGAUGUACUGCUUACUUUUGAAGCCCUAAAGUAUUUGGCAUCUUUGCUGCUCCACAACAAGUUUGCAACAGAGUUUGUUGCUCAUGGAGGAGUACAGAAGCUGCUGGAGAUUCCUCGCCCUUCUAUGGCAGCCACAGGUGUCUCCAUGUGUUUAUACUAUUUGUCUUACAAUCAGGAUGCCAUGGAAAGGGUAUGCAUGCAUCCCCACGUACUAUCAGAUGUUGUGAACUACACCUUGUGGUUGAUGGAAUGCUCUCACGCAUCAGGCUGCUGCCAUGCUACCAUGUUCUUUUCUAUUUGUUUCUCGUUCCGUGCAGUUUUAGAGCUCUUUGAUAGGCAUGAUGGCUUACGGCGCCUAGUUAACUUGAUUAGCACUCUUGAUAUCUUAAAUUUGCAAACCCAAGGUGCGCUGCUAAGUGAUGAUGAGAUCUUUGCUAGCCGUCAGACUGGAAAGCAUACUUGCAUGGCCAUGCGCAGGUAUUUUGAGGCACAUCUUGCCAUCAAAGUAGAGCAAGUGAAGCAGUCACUUCAACGCACAGAAGGUGGAAUUCUGGUCCAUCCACAGCCUCCAUACAAGGCUUGUUCCUAUACUCAUGAACAGAUUGUGGAAAUGAUGGAGUUUUUAAUAGAAUAUGGACCAGGUCAGCUCUAUUGGGAUCCAGCAGAGGUGUUUCUCAAGCUAUGUUGUGUACAGCUCAUGCUUCAGCUUAUUUCAAUUGCCUGCAAUUGGAAGACUUACUAUGCAAGAAACGACACGGUGCGUUAUGCGUUGGAUGUUUUGGCCAUUCUCACUGUGGUUCCAAAAAUUCAAUUACAGUUAGCUGAGGCAGUGGAUACCGUGGAUGAGGGAGGAACAUCUAUUUCUAUUGUGGGUAUCAGCAUCAUUUUGGGGCUUGCCGAGGGUGAAUUCUUUAUUCAUGAUGCAGAAAUCCAGAAAUCUGCCCUUCAGAUCAUCAUUAAUUGUGUCUGUAGUCCAGACAAUCGCAUCUCCAGUAUUGGCAAAUUUAUCUCUGGCACACCUCGUCGCGCACUCCCCCAAACACCCAGGAAUAGUGAGCAUACUUUGGCCAAGAUGUGGAACGUGGUGCAGUCAAACAAUGGCAUCAAAGUGCUGUUAUCAUUGCUCUCUGUCAAAAUGCCCAUUACAGAUGCAGACCAGAUCCGAGCAUUGGCCUGCAAAGCCCUGGUUGGGUUGUCGCGAAGUAGUACAGUCCGGCAGAUCAUCAGCAAGCUGCCCCUGUUCAGCAGCUGUCAGAUCCAGCAGUUAAUGAAGGAGCCUGUGCUGCAGGAUAAGCGCAGCGAGCAUGUCAAGUUUUGCAAAUACGCUGCGGAGCUGAUAGAGCGUGUCUCAGGAAAACCCUUGUUGAUUGGGACCGAUGUCUCUCUGGCCCGACUGCAGAAGGCAGAUGUGGUGGCCCAGUCGAGGAUUUCAUUUCCUGAGAAGGAGCUGCUUCUUUUGAUCAGGAACCAUCUCAUCUCUAAAGGGCUAGGAGAAACUGCUACCAUCCUUACAAAGGAGGCAGAUCUACCCAUGACAGCAGCUUCUCAUUCCUCUGCCUUCACCCCAGUUCCUGCCACUUCAUCUCCUGUGUCUCUGCCUCGUACCCCUCGCAUAGCAAAUGGCAUUGCGGCCCGGUUGACUAACCAUCCUUCUGUUGCUUCUGGUGCUUCCUCUGUUCACCCUCAGCCAAGGCCAGCUGGCUGCCAGGGCCCACUUGCACUGCCAGGCCCAUCUCACGCCACCAAUACCCCAGUGAUUGGCAGGAUUAGCUUUAUUCGUGAGAGACCAUCUCCCUGCAAUGGCAGAAAAAUCAGAGUGCUUCGGCAAAAAUCAGACCACGGCGCCUACAGUCAGAGUCCAGCUAUCAAAAAACAGCUGGACAGACACCUUCCUUCCCCUCCCACCUUGGACAGUAUAAUCACAGAGUACCUUAGGGAGCAGCAUGCACGCUGCAAAAACCCUGUAGCUACUUGCCCCCCCUUUUCUCUUUUUACACCCCACCAGUGUCCUGAGCCAAAACAGAGGCGCCAAGCGCCAACUAACUUUACCUCGCGGCUGACCCGCAGGGCAGCCUUCCCAAAGUAUGGCGGGGUAGAUGGUGGAUGCUUUGAUAGACACCUUAUAUUUAGCAGGUUCCGUCCAAUUUCUGUGUUCCGGGAAGCAAAUGAAGAUGAAAGUGGCUUUACGUGUUGUGCAUUUUCUGCACGGGAGCGAUUCCUGAUGUUGGGCACCUGCACAGGGCACCUAAAACUCUACAAUGUCUUUAGCGGGCAGGAGGAGGCCAGCUAUAAGUGCCAUAACUCUGCUAUCACACACCUUGAGCCAUCCAGGGAUGGUUCUUUAUUGCUGACAUCUGCUUCCUGGAGCCAGCCACUUUCUGCAUUGUGGGGAAUGAAAUCUGUCUUUGAAACCAAGCAUUCCUUCACGGAUGACCAUUAUGUUGAGUUCAGUAAGCAUUCUCAAGAUAGGGUCAUUGGCACCAAGGGGGACAUUGCCCAUAUCUAUGAUAUUCAGACUGGCAACAAGCUCUUGACUUUGUUUAACCCAGAUCUUGCAAACAACUACAAGAAGAAUUCUGCCACGUUUAACCCCACAGAUGACCUUGUCUUAAACGAUGGUGUCCUCUGGGAUGUUCGCUCUGCACAGGCUAUUCAUAAAUUUGAUAAAUUCAAUAUGACCAUCAGUGGUGUUUUCCACCCGAAUGGACUGGAGGUCAUCGUGAACACAGAAAUUUGGGACUUGCGGACUUUCCACUUGUUACACACAGUGCCUGCUUUGGAUCAAUGCCGUGUUGUUUUCAACCAUACUGGAACAGUUAUGUAUGGAGCUAUGCUACAAGCAGAUGAUGAAGAUGAUUUGCUGGAAGAGAGAAUGCGAAGUCCUUUUGGGUCAUCCUUCAGGACAUUCAAUGCAACAGACUACAAACCAAUUGCCACCAUUGAUGUGAAAAGAAACAUCUUUGAUCUAUGUACGGACACAAAGGAUUGUUAUUUAGCUGUUAUUGAGAACCAGGGAAGUAUGGAUGCCAUGAACAUGGAUACUGUUUGCAGGCUCUAUGAAGUGGGCAGGCAGCGUUUGGCAGAAGACGAGGAGGAUGAGGAAGAAGAUCAGGAAGAGGAGGAACAGGAAGAGGAUGAUGAUGAAGAUGAAGAUGAUACUGAUGACCUAGAUGAGCUGGACACUGAUCAGUUGCUGGAGGCUGAUUUGGAGGAAGAAGAGAACAAUGAGAAUGCGGGUGAGGAUGGAGAAAAUGACUUCUCCCCUUCCGAUGAUGAGGAAGUGGCCAACCUGCUUGAAGAGGGAGACGAAGGAGAAGAUGACGACUCUGAUGCAGAUGAGGAAGUUGAGCUGAUCCUUGGUGAUACCGACAGCUCAGAUAACUUGGAUCUGGAAGAUGACAUAAUUUUGUCUCUGAAUGAAUGAGGCGCAGUCUUCCUCCGGGACUUUGGCAGCAGAGAAGCUCCUGACUCGGAAGCCAGGAGAGCCAAUCAAGAGGCGAACACCGAGCACCCUCUCAGCUUCUUCUACUUGGCAGAAAUCCAGUCCUUCCAGUUUUCAAGUGGACAGACAUGGGCUCAGGAUAGGUCCAGAGUCUUUCUACAGAGACCAGGGGUUUGGCCUUUAUUUUCUCUGCCUUUUUGGGGGGAGGGGGGUCAUUUUUUUUAGGCCAAGACACGACUUCUCCAGGAAGACUUCUGAAGAUAUUUCACAGUAUAUUUUCUUUGUAUAAAGUUCUUUCCUAAAGAACAGAAAUAGUUUUAUAUGAGACAAAACAAGCAAAAAAAAAAAAAAGGGGGGGGGGGAUAAAAAAAACAGGCAGGUAUUAUAAAGAAGAGGUGACUUUGUAUCCUUCUAAAAUUUAAUUACCCAAAUGGAUUUCUGGGAGAUUAAAAAAAAAAAUAAAUUUAAAAAUAACAAAGGGCAUUUUUACUGAAGAGUGGGAAAAAAAUGAAUCAUGGAUUGUGAAACCGUGGACAAGUGAUUUUUAUUUUGAACAUGAUUUUUUAAUGGAGUUGUUGCUACCUGCUGUGAAAAGGUCUUUUUUUUUUUUUUUGUCCUAAGCCUCUUGUCCUGCCUAAAGCCCAGUGAGGGCUCCUGCUGCAGGAGCCUUGGUGGAGGGUUGAAGGUCCAGUUUGGUCUCGUUAAGAACCUGCCAUUGCUGGAGAUGAAGGACUCUGGCUUGCAAGCCUCCCUCCACCUAUGCCACAUACCCCCUUCUUUUUGACUUUGGCAUUUUUAAUCCGCUCUCCCCGUACCCUUCUGCCCUCUGUGAAAAUUACAAAUUGAAAUCCUUUUUCUUCAAUGUAAAUUGUAUUUAUUAAAAAAAAAUAAAAAUAAGAUUCAAGUCCUGUCUGUUCAUAA